AUGGGCGACUUCAACAGCCACGAAUCCGAAUUUUCAAUCUUAAAAACUCACUAUAAUCUUUCAAACUUAAUUGAUUCACCAACUUGUUACAAGAACCCUGAGAACCCAUCCUGUAUUGAUCAUAUAUGGGUUUCUGACAAGAAAAGGUUCACAAAUAGCUGUGCAAUAGAGACAGGACUGUCCGAUUGGCACAAACUCACUGUGACUGUUAUAAAAGCGGAGAUGCCAAAAAAGAAACCCCGCAUUAUAAAGUACAGGUCUAUAAAAAACUUCAAUAAAUCCGAAUUCCAAAAAGACCUUACUAAGUCAAUGGAGUUACAGGAAGUGAAUUUCGCAAACCUCGAUACAGCUUUUAAGAACGUAAUUGAAAAACAUAUGCCAGUGAAGCAAAAGAUGGUUAGAAACAAUCAUGCACCAUUUAUUACGAAGAGAGUACGCAAAGAAAUUAUGAUGAGAAGUAGAAAAAGAAACGUAUAUAAUUCGAAUCCAACUGCUGAAAAUUGGAACUCUUUUCGAAUUCAAAGGAAUAAGUGUGCAAAGAUUGUCAGAGAUGCAAGAAAAAAUUAUUACAGAAAACUUGACGUGUCGAAAGUUCGAGACAACAAAGCAUUUUGGAAAAUCGUGAAACCAAAUUUCUCCGAGAAAGCAAUCAAGGAAAAUAUAACUUCGUUAGUCGAAGAUGAUGCUGUUUUACGAAAUAAAGUUGAAAUUGCAAACGUCAUGAAUGAUUAUUUCGUAAAUAUCACAAGAUCACUGAAUGUAAACAACAUCCCUGAAAACAAUCCAGGAACAGCUGAUGAUUGCUCUCGUACCGAGGUUGAUGCAAUUAUUUCAAGUUUCAAAGAACAUCCGAGCAUAAAAAAUAUCAAAUCAAAAUUCUCCAAAAGUGCUGACAUGGACGAAAUGAAAUUCUGUCAUGUUUCUGUUGAAAAAUUAAAACUUUAUUUUGGUUCUUUAAAAAGUGGCAAGGCUUGUCCAGAGGGAGACAUACCUGCAGAUCUUCUCAAAGCUCACGCAAAUGUUUUUGUUAAGCAGUUGAGUCACUGUUUUAAUGACUCAGUAGAUAGGUGCAUCUUUCCUGAGUCUUUGAAAUUUGCGGAUGUGUCUCCACUCUACAAAGCAAAGUCUAGGGUCUGCAAAGAAAAUUAUCGACCAGUUAGUAAACUGCCAAACAUGGCUAAGGUGUUUGAAAAAAUCUUAUUUGAACAGAUAAGUGAGUUCAUGGAGGGAAAAAUGUCCCCUAUCUUGUCUGGAUUCAGGAAAGGAUACAGUAGCCAACAUGCUCUUUUAAAUGUAAUGUGCUUUCUUCAAAGAAAGUUAGACUCUAAAAAGUGUGUUGCUGCCUUGCUCAUGGAUCUAAGCAAGGCUUUUGACUGUAUUAACCACAAGCUACUUAUUGCUAAGAUUCAUGCUUAUGGAUUUUCUUCUAGAGCAUUAUCUUUUAUUUGGAGCUAUUUAAAGCAGCGCUUUCAGAGAGUAGGUAUUGAUGGGGGUUUUAGUUGUUGGAAGGAAAUUUUUUCUAGUAUACCACAGGGGUCAAUUUUGGGGCCGUUACUGUUUAACAUAUUUUUAAAUGAUUUUCUUUUUCAAUAUGACGUGAAUAUGCCGCCCUGCUCUGAUAUUCUAGUGUGUAACUAUGCUGACGAUAAUACGUUUUGUGCAUCAGCUGAAACCUUUCACGAAGUAAAAUAUAUGUUAGAACAAUUUUUCAGGUCAGCAGCUUUAUGGUUUUCCGAUAAUGGCUUGCAAUUAAACGCAAGCAAAUGCGAUUUUAUAAUAUUCGGAAAGCCAGAAAGUCCACAAAUCCGGCAUUUAAAUUUGAAUGGAGCAAUUUUAUCUGCAUCCAAAUGUGUAAAGCUUCUUGGUAUUAAAUUUGACAGUCAACUUACUUUUGCAGAUCAUAUAAACACACUGUGCAAAAGAGCUAGCUGUAAAUCUAAUGCCCUGAAGGAAAUUUCCUGGAUUGUUGAUAAUAAACAGAAAAGUUUAUUAUAUGCAACAUUCAUAGCAUCUGAGUUCAAUUAUUGUCCUUUAGUCUGGGGAUUUAAUAGCAGGAAAUCUAUUUCAAAGGUGGAUAGAGUUUUAAAAAGGGCAAGGUCUCAGUCUAAAGCGGAAUCCAUUUCUUCUACGAAAAGAAUUCAUAUGCAACAUUGCAGACAAUUACUAAAAGAGGUCGACAAGACGAAAUGGAAAUUGAAUCCUUCCUACAUGGAAGGUGUGUUUCAGUUUAGAAAUGAUACUGGAUAUAAUUUAAGGUCAUCAAGUGCUUUGGUUAGACCUAGAAUAAAAUCUUCAAAAUAUGGGCUGCAAACAUUUGGAUAUAUAGCCUCCCAAUUAUGGAAUUCUCUUCCUGAUGAAAUCAAAUCUGCAGAGUCUUUGGUUAAAUUCUGUAGAGCUAUGGGCGAAUUUUUCUUCUUUCCAAUGCAAAUGUCGGAUCUGUGCAGAAUACAUAAUUAA